CAAGAAAUGUUACUUGAAAUCUUUGGUUGGUGGUGUAAAAUCAUGUGCUGUCUUGGUGUCCCAAUACUAAGGGUGAAAAAGUAUAAAAGCUCGACUGAAGAAAAAGGUCAGUAUCGGCCUUAGAAAACACACCGAAAAUUGAGAGGAAUUAUGCAUUAGAAUAAAAGCUAGGAAAAGUAAGCUUAACGAUUAGACUGAAGUUUGGAACUCACUGCAGGUUAUCUGUUGAGCAAAAGUUGCUUUACCUUAUGGAGUCUUAAUCUGAUUUAUCUUUAUCUUCUGUUUCACCGUCUCCUUUUGUAUUUCAUUUUUCUGAGAUUUUCCGGAACGACAACAACAACAACAUACCUAGUUUAUUCCCACAAAGUGGCUUCUGGGGAAGGUAAAGUGUACGCAGUCCGUACCACUGCUUCUGAGGUAAAGAGGCUGUUUCUGAAAGACACCGGCUCAAGACAAAAACAUUCUAAAGAAGGAUCAAAUAUAAGAACAAGAAACAAUAGGUAACAACAAGCAACAAAUAAUAGCAAAAAUAAGUCUACCACAAUGUAGUACUACACUCUACUUAUCUGAAACAACAAACAUCACCAAAACUCCAAGACGAAGAUACUACAAGCAAUGCACUACGGCAACUAACACAGAAAACAAGAAAAAGUGCACCUACCUACUAUCAUAGACACACUCCUAGCUACUACCCAUCUAACCUUAGUUCGCGUCCUCCGCACCUUUCUAUCUAGGGUCAUGUCUUCGGUAAGCUGUAACUGCUCCAUGUCACGUCAAAUCACCGCCCUCCAAUAUUUUUUUGGUCUACCUCUAUGACUCCUGAAACCAUCCAUAAUCACUCUCUCACACCUCCACAUAGGGCCCCUGGGCACCUCCUCAUCACACAUUCGAACCAACUCAACCUCUCUCCCGAGAAACUUUUAUAACUUCCUGAAUUCUUAAAGAUGGCAGUGGAGGCCCUUUCUGGUUUUCUUGCAGUUAAAUGUAACUAGUAGCAUUAUACUGAAGAAGUUCAUUUUUAUAAAAUAGUUUUGGUAUGACUUGGAAAAUUGGAAAUUUGGAAUCUGUGAGUACAUUAGCAGUUAUAGGUUCCGCUCGGAAAUAUAACUUUUCUUGGUUCCUUGUGAUUAAUUUGCUUUAAAGGGAAAUGAAACACAAGUUUAUCAAAUUGGACCAAGAGCAUGAGGGAAUUGAAAUAUGUGACUGGCAAUAAAACUCCUUUAUGGUGUCACCAAGAAGGUCCAUACUAUUAAAGUUUUUGUUUCACAAAGUUGGCUAUAAGCCAUGAGUAACAGACAUUCUACUCACGCAGUAGUUGUGUGUAAUUUCACAGGCUAUACAUCUUUUUACAUAGACAAAUUGUCAUGUCCAAUGUGUCAAAUUUUAAAUUGUUAUUGCAACUGUUCCUGCCCUUUCAAUUUAUGUGUCUUACUUUCCUUUUUAGCCUGUUUCAAAAAGCAUGCCACAUUUCUUUAUAUGUAGAGUUCUUAUUCCUACGUUUUCAAUUUACCCUUAAUGACACUCCCUUAUAAGAAUGACAUGGUGUAUUGAAGACAACAAGAUUCAAAUGGUAUUUUUGGGAUGUUAUACACACACAUUUCGUUUAAAAUCACAAGAUUCCUAAGUCCUAGUCAUACUAAGACACAUAAAAUGAAACAGAGGGAAUAUUAGAUAUCGUGGGGUAAAUUUUGACUAAUCGGCCUUCCUUGUCAUUCCUUAUUAGCAUUGCUAACACUUACGCCAAAACCACGCAGUAAUUGCUUAGUUACCAAUUCUAAUGAGAACGCUUUGGAAGGAUUCAUUCCACUACGUCCGACAUAAAUUGACAUUUGUCAUCAUUCUAAAAAAUAAACUGGAAAGCUUUUCUCGAUCAAUUUGAGUGGUAUGUUUGGAACUACUAACAUUCCACAGAAAGAUGCCACUGGAUUGAAGCCCAAAAUAUGAGUUCUCUUUACACAAUCCUAGGUCAAAAUGUGUUGAAGGAUGUGCCAAAUGAAGCUUGAAAACCAGAGGAGACAAAUCCAUCAUUCCAUGUAUUGUUUGGAUUGCUCCUGCUGUUUUAUAUUCCUGAUAUGGAUCCUUAUCCCGGCUACUCUCCACUUCGAAGUGAACCUUUCAACAACACUGCAUAUGAAGAACUUCCUGAAGCAGAGCAGAUUUGUCCUGAGAGGCAUGCUAACAUAUUUUCCAAAAUAACUUUUUCAUGGAUGAAUCCUCUUAUGCAACUUGGUUAUAAAAGGCCAUUAACAGAUAAGGAUGUGUGGAAACUGGAUACUUGGGAUCAAACUGAAACUCUAAACAACUCGUUUCAAAAGAGUUGGGCAGAGGAGUCUCAAAGACCUAAACCAUGGCUUUUAAGAGCUUUAAACCGAAGUCUUGGAGGAAGGUUUUGGUGGGGAGGCUUCUGGAAGAUCGGCAAUGAUGCUUCCCAGUUCAUUGGACCACUUAUUCUAAACCAACUCUUACAGUCAAUGCAACGAGGUGAUCCAGCAUGGAUAGGCUACAUCUAUGCAUUCGCGAUAUUUGUUGGAGUGGUGUUUGGUGUUCUCUGUGAAGCGCAGUAUUUUCAGAAUGUCAUGCGUGUUGGAUAUCGCCUGAGAUCUACUUUGAUUGCAGCAGUUUUCCGGAAGUCUUUGAGGUUAACCCAUGAAAGUCGGAAAAAUUUUGCAUCAGGAAAGAUAACUAAUUUGAUGACAACAGAUUCUGAAGCACUUCAGCAAAUAUGUCAGUCACUUCAUACUCUUUGGUCAGCUCCUCUUCGGAUCACUGUUGCGUUGGUUCUUCUUUACCAGCUAUUGGGUGUUGCAGCACUUCUUGGUGCACUUAUGUUGGUUCUUAUGUUUCCCAUACAGACAUAUGUAAUAAGCAAGAUGCAGAAGCUGACGAAAGAAGGAUUACAGCGAACAGACAAGAGAAUUGGUCUCAUGAAUGAAGUAUUGGCUGCAAUGGACACAGUCAAAUCUUAUGCAUGGGAGAAUAGCUUCCAGUCCAAGGUUCAGGGUGUUCGGAAUGAGGAGCUGUCUUGGUAUAGGAAAUCACAAUUACUAGGAGCGUUGAAUAGCUUCAUUCUGAACAGUAUUCCAGUUGUGGUGAUUGUGAUAUCAUUUGGUGUAUUCUCCCUACUCGGAGGAGAUCUAACCCCAGCAAGGGCAUUUACAGCUCUAUCCUUGUUUGCGGUGUUGCGCUUUCCACUCUUCAUGCUUCCUAAUAUAAUAACACAGGUUGUUAAUGCAAACGUAUCAUUGAAACGUCUGGAAGAUCUUCUCUUAGCUGAAGAGAGAAUACUUCUUCCGAAUCCACCUCUUGAGCCUGGACUUCCAGCAAUUUCAAUCAAGAAUGGAUGCUUUUCAUGGGAAUCAAAGGCAGAAAAACCAACAUUGUCAAAUAUCAAUUUGGAUAUCCCAAUUGGUAGUUUAGUAGCUAUUGUUGGAGGCACUGGAGAAGGAAAGACAUCACUUAUCUCGGCAAUGCUUGGAGAGCUUCCUUCUUUUUCUGAUUCAGUGGUUGUCAUAAGAGGAACAGUUGCUUAUGUACCACAAGUUUCAUGGAUUUUUAAUGCAACAGUACGUGAAAAUAUACUAUUCGGUUCGGCAAUUGACGCUGCAAGGUAUAAUAGGGCCAUCGAUGUGACUGCGUUACGGCAUGACCUUGAAUUGCUUCCAGGUGGUGAUCUCACUGAAAUUGGUGAACGGGGUGUCAAUAUUAGUGGAGGGCAGAAGCAACGAGUUUCCAUGGCUAGGGCUGUUUAUUCCAAUUCUGAUGUUUGCAUAUUUGACGACCCUUUAAGUGCUUUGGAUGCUGAUGUGGGCCGCCAGGUUUUUGAAAGGUGCAUCAGGGAAGAACUGAAAGGAAAAACCAGAGUUUUAGUCACAAACCAGCUACACUUCCUUUCACAAGUAGACAAAAUCAUACUGGUGCAUGAUGGUAUGGUUAAAGAGGAAGGAACCUUUGAAUAUCUCUCAAAUAAUGGGGUGCUAUUUCAGAAACUGAUGGAAAAUGCGGGGAAAAUGGAAGAGUACACCGAAGAAAAGGAAAACGAUGGCAAUGAUAAAUCUUCAAAACCUGUUGUUAAUGGUGAGGCCAAUGGAGUAGCUAAAGAAGUUGGAAAAGAUAAAAAAGAAGGAAAAUCUGUUCUUAUCAAGCAAGAGGAACGGGAAACUGGUGUGGUGAGCUGGAAUGUUCUAAUGAGGUACAAAAAUGCUUUGGGAGGUUCUUGGGUGGUUAUUAUUCUAUUUGUGUGCUAUUUCCUGAUAGAAGCUCUCCGUGUUGGGAGUAGCACAUGGUUAAGUUUUUGGACUGACCAAAGCAGUUCGACGAGAUAUAGUGCUGGUUUCUACAAUCUGAUUUAUUCACUUUUAUCUCUUGGUCAAGUUAUGGUAACUCUAAUGAAUUCAUUUUGGCUGAUCACAUCAAGUCUUUAUGCCGCCAAGAGGUUGCACGAUGCAAUGCUUGGUUCUAUUUUAAGAGCUCCAAUGGUCUUCUUUCACACAAAUCCACUUGGGAGGAUUAUCAAUAGGUUUGCCAAGGAUCUAGGGGACAUAGAUAGAAAUGUAGCACCCUUUGUAAGCAUGUUCCUGGGCCAGGUGUUUCAGCUCAUCUCAACAUUUGUCCUAAUUGGUAUAGUGAGUACCAUGUCUUUAUGGGCAAUAAUGCCAUUGUUGGUCCUUUUUUACGGAGCCUAUUUAUAUUAUCAGAGCACUGCUCGUGAGGUGAAGCGCUUGGAUUCCAUCUCUAGGUCCCCGGUUUAUGCACAAUUUGGUGAAGCGCUAAAUGGUCUUGCAACUAUUCGUGCAUAUAAAGCUUAUGAUCGAAUGGCCAACAUCAAUGGGAAGUCGGUGGAUAACAAUAUCAGGUUUACACUUGUGAACAUGAGUGGAAAUCGAUGGCUUGCGAUCCGUCUGGAGACUGUAGGGGGUGUAAUGAUCUGGCUUACUGCAACAUUUGCUGUGGUGCAGAAUGGAAGGGCAGAAAACCAGCAGGCCUUUGCCUCAACAAUGGGUUUGCUUCUCAGUUAUGCCCUAAAUAUCACUAGCCUACUAACUGCUGUACUGAGACUUGCAAGUUUGGCUGAGAAUAGCUUGAAUGCUGUCGAGCGAGUUGGAACGUAUAUCGAGUUACCAUCAGAAGGUCCAUCCAUAAUUGAGGGCAGUCGUCCUCCUCCUGGAUGGCCUUCAGCAGGAUCCAUUCGAUUUGAGAAUGUUGUCUUACGUUACAGGCCCGAACUUCCUCCUGUUCUGCAUGGUAUAUCCUUCACAAUUUCUCCGAGUGACAAAGUUGGAGUAGUUGGCAGAACUGGAGCUGGAAAAUCUAGCAUGUUUAAUGCUUUGUUCCGACUUGUGGAACCUGAGAGAGGAAGGAUCUUAAUUGAUGAUUGUGAUGUUUCAAAGUUUGGACUUACAGAUCUCCGGAAGGUUCUUGGUAUUAUACCGCAAGCACCAGUUUUGUUCUCAGGGACCGUGAGAUUUAACCUUGAUCCAUUCAAUGAGCACAAUGAUGCUGACCUUUGGGAGUCUCUAGAACGGGCGCACCUAAAGGAUGUUAUCAGGAGGAACUCUUUGGGUCUUGAUGCUGAGGUCUCAGAAGCCGGAGAAAAUUUCAGUGUUGGCCAAAGACAGCUUUUAAGUUUGGCUAGAGCAUUGCUUCGCCGGUCAAAGAUUCUUGUUCUUGAUGAAGCAACUGCUGCUGUUGAUGUUAGAACUGAUGCUCUAAUUCAGAAAACCAUACGUGAAGAAUUUAAGUCAUGCACCAUGCUCAUCAUUGCUCACCGUUUGAACACUAUCAUUGACUGUGACAGAAUUCUUCUGCUUGAGUCUGGUCAGUUACUUGAAUAUGAUACUCCCGAAGUAUUGUUACAAAAGGAGGGAAGUGCUUUUUCUAGGAUGGUUCAGAGUACAGGAGCUGCUAAUGCUCAAUACUUACGAAGCUUGGUCUUUGGAGGGGAAGAGGGCAACAGUGUAGCGAGGGACAAACAACUAGAUGGGCAAAGGAGGUGGCUUGCCUCUACACGUUGGGCUGCUGCUGCACAGUUUGCACUAGCUGUUACACUUACGUCAUCACAAAAUGAUCUCGUGCAGUUAGAAAUUGAGGAUGAGGAUAAUAUUCUGAAGAAAACAAAGAAUGCCGUAAUCACUCUGCAGGGAGUAUUAGAGGGUAAACACGACAAAGACAUUGAAGAGACCCUAGAUCAGUACCAGGUUUCUAGGGACAGAUGGUGGUCUUCAUUGUACAAGAUGAUUGAAGGUCUCGCGAUGAUGAGUAAGCUGGCACGCAACAGACUUCAAACGGAAUUUGAGUUCGACGAUAAGACAAUCAACUGGGAUCGCGCUGAGAUGUAGAAGUCAUCCAUCCGUCUGUAGCAGAUUAGGGAUUUGGAGUUUUUACUUGUUUUCGUGUUUCACAGGUAGUUGUAUUGCCCUCUUAACAUUAGUUGUAACAUUGAUAUUUUAUCCCAUGAAUUUUUUGCUGUGCCUCUUCCCCAAGACGAUGAGGAUCAGAUUUUGAUUGUAAAAAUUUAAGGAGAAAUGUGAUUGUGAAUGCAACUGUCACAGGUGCAAGAAAAUGGUUCAAGAGGGGCUGUAUGUUAUAAAAAUUUCCUGGUUCUGUAAUGCAUUGCUAAAGCAACUUAUUUUUA